GACAAGGACAAGGUAACCGUUUUAACCGUAACCAACUAACUUGAAGAUACGGUCAACUCUGUGGCUGUCUUUUUCGAAACAGACUUCUUUCUAUGGUCCUCCUCAUUUAUAGCCAAAGACACCACCCGUUUCCUAAGAUCCUCGUACUUAAUUCCACAAACAAACAUCAACUUCAACAAACACAACAGGGAAAAAAGGAAAAACAAAGGGUUCUUCAAAAUCGUGCAAAAAUUGCGAAUACAAUAGAGUGUGAGCUGCAAAAUGCAGAGGACAAUGUCAAUCCAUCCUCUGCUAGUUCAUCCCCUACCCACAAACUCACCGAUUCCCAGUUCCACAGUACAUCAUCGGCGUUCCUCGAUGCCGUCGCUUUGGAGUCCGCCGAUCUCCACCCUGCUCCUACAACGUUGGUUGCCACCGAAGGUGGAGAUUAUCCAUUGGUAACUGGCUUUGGAGAUGCGAAGUACAUAUGGUUCGUCGAGUCCUCUAAGUUAUGGGGGAUUGCUGGUCCCAUUGCAUUCAAUAUUAUCUGCAAUUACGGUAUCAAUUCCUUCACCAAUAUCUUCGUCGGCCAUAUUGGAGAUGUUGAGCUCUCUGCUGUCGCCAUUGCUCUAUCCGUAGUCGCAAACUUCUCCUUCGGAUUCAUGCUUGGAAUGGCUAGUGCGCUGGAGACGCUGUGUGGACAGGCAUUCGGCGCCGGUCAAGUCGACAUGCUCGGUGUGUAUCUGCAGCGUUCGAUGAUAAUCCUCUUUGGGGCUUGCUUCUUCCUUUUACCUCUUUACAUCUACGCCACACCCAUCUUGAAACUCCUCGGCCAAGAAACCGACAUUGCAGAAUUGGCUGGAAAAUUCACCGUCCAAGUCAUCCCUCAAAUGUUCUCCUUAGCCAUUAAUUUCACGACCCAGAAGUUCUUGCAGGCACAGAGCAAGGUGGGUGCUUUGGCAUGGAUAGCCUUUGUGGCUCUUAUAUCACAUAUCAUGAUACUUCACCUCUUCAUCAACGUGUUCAAGUGGGGCAUGGUUGGAGCUGCCGCCGCCUACGACAUCUCUGCCUGGGCCGUUGCGGUGGCUCAACUUAUAUAUGUGGUGGGAUGGUGCAAGGACGGCUGGAAGGGAUUGUCUUGGUUGGCCUUUAAGGACAUUUGGGGAUUUGUGAGACUUUCUAUAGCUUCAGCUGUGAUGCUUUGCUUGGAGAUUUGGUAUUUCAUGACCAUAAUUGUCCUGACCGGCCACCUUGAAGAUCCUAUCAUCGCAGUCGGUUCUCUUUCUAUUUGCAUGAACAUCAACGGUUGGGAAGGCAUGAUCUUCAUAGGAAUAAAUGCAGCCAUAAGUGUUAGGGUGUCCAAUGAGCUGGGAUCAGGACAUCCAAGAGCAGCCAAAUACUCGGUGGUGAUCACAGUGGUGCAGUCUCUACUGAUCGGAUGCAUAUCAGCAAUCAUUAUCUUGGCAACCAAAAACAAAUUUUCCAUCAUAUUCACAGACAGUGAACCCAUGCGCAAGGCUGUGGCUGAUCUGGCUUAUCUUCUAGGCAUAACCAUGGUGCUAAACAGUGUGCAGCCUGUUAUAUCAGGUGUUGCUGUUGGAGGAGGCUGGCAAGGUCUGGUGGCUUACAUAAACUUGUUCUGUUAUUACAUUGUUGGUCUCCCUCUAGGCUUUCUUCUUGGUUACAAAACUACAUUAGGGGUUCAGGGAAUUUGGAUUGGCAUGAUUUGUGGGACGUUUUUGCAGACAGUAAUCCUAGUGUUUAUUGUAUAUAAAACCAACUGGAACGAGGAGGUUGAACAGGCAUCUGAAAGGAUGAAGCAAUGGGGAGCAGAAGCUUUGGAUGCAACUUAAUGUUAGGCUUCCUCUUUUUUAUUGUACAUUUUUGCUUCCGUUUUUUCAUUUUUCCAUCACAUCAAAAUACAUAGAUAUGUGAAUGAUCUAAGUAAUUUAGUAGUUAUUUCAUUUAAACUACAAGACAUUUCAACAAGAUGGGUUAAAAAAGAGAAGAAGGCUACCCCAUGUCGUAAUUUGAAGGAAUGUUCCUUUGAUAAGAUAUUCCAAUGUAG